UCGCCCCGCUCCCCCAUGGCUCCGCUGGCCGAGGUGGGGGGCUUCCUGGGCGGCCUGGACGGCCUGGGGCAGCCGGUGGGAGCCCACUUCCUGCUCCCGCCCGCCGGGGAGCGUCCGGCGCUGCUCGAGGACCGCCGAGCCCCGCCGGAGCGGGCAGCCCGCGGCGGCGCGGCAGCGGCGGCGGCGGCGGCAGCAGCGGACCUUGCGCACUUGCAGGGCAUCCUGCGGCGGCGGCAGCUGUACUGCCGCACCGGCUUCCACCUGCAGAUCCUGCCCGACGGCAGCGUGCGCGGCACCCGCCAGGACCACAGCCUCUUCGGUAUCCUUGAAUUCAUCAGUGUGGCAGUGGGACUGGUCAGUAUUAGAGGUGUGGACAGUGGCCUUUAUCUUGGAAUGAACGAGAAGGGAGAACUUUAUGGCUCUGAGAAACUAACUUCUGAAUGCAUCUUUAGGGAACAGUUUGAAGAGAACUGGUACAACACUUACUCUUCCAAUGUGUACAAACAUGGAGAUUCAGGGCGGAGAUACUUUGUAGCACUUAACAAAGACGGUACUCCCAGAGAUGGGGCAAGGUCCAAAAGACACCAGAAAUUCACUCAUUUCUUGCCCCGGCCCGUGGAUCCUGAAAGAGUUCCAGAACUGUACAAAGAUGUCUUAGGAUACAGCUGAGGA